AUGUCGUUUCUUCUACGGAAGCUCGUUCACAAUGAGGCGAUGCGAUCAGAUCCCAAGGAAAUCUACGGAUGGAGGGUUUACAUGCUUGCUUGUUCGGCAUGUUUCGGUGGGAUGCUCUUUGGUAUGGAGACCGGGAUCAUUGGAGGCGUCCUUACCAUGAGUCCUUUCAAAUCAAAGUAUGGCCUUGAGGGUCUCGGCAGUAUAGGGCAGGCCAACCUUUCUGCCAAUAUCGUCUCGACCUUACAGGCGGGAUGCUUCUUCGGUGCCCUCAUCGCCUCCCCUGUGGCCGACAAAUGGGGCAGGAAGUCCGGCUUGAUCACGGCGUCGAUGCUCGCCAUCAUCGGUGUCGUGAUGCAAGUCGCAGCGGAAGGACAUUUGGAAGCUAUGUACAUCGGACGUUUGAUCACCGGAUUCGGCGUCGGCUUUGCCUCGAUGGUCAAUCCGCUUUACGUGUCUGAGAACGCUCCACGAGCCAUCCGUGGCGGUCUCACGGGUCUGUAUCAGCUCUUCAUCACGACCGGUAUCAUGCUUGCCUUCUGGAUUAACUACGGGUCGCUCCUCCAUAUCAACGGCACAGCGCAGUACAUGGUGCCGUUGGCCAUGCAGGCGUUGCCAGCCAUUUUCCUCCUUGUUGGCAUGCUGCUCUGCAACGAAUCACCCCGAUGGUUAGCCAAAAAAGAUCGCUGGGAAGAUGCCCGCGCAACCCUCUCUCGAGUGAGAGGCCUCCCAGCCACACACCCAUACGUCGAUAACGAAUUCCAGGAUAUCGUGCAGCAGCUAGAGCAGGAACGGAAUCUGAUCGGCGGCUCGGGAUUCUGGGACCUCAUGAAAGAGAUGUGGCUGAUCCCCGGAAAUCGUAAACGAGCCCUGAUAAGUAUUUUCCUGAUGGUCUGCCAGCAAAUGACCGGCACCAAUGCGAUCAACUACUACGCGCCCCAAAUCUUCCAGAACCUUGGGAUCAACGGCAAUACCACGGGUCUCCUCGCCACGGGAGUCUAUGGUAUCGUGAAAAUGGUCGGCUGCGCCGUCUUCCUCAUUUUCGUCGCCGACUCGCUCGGCCGCCGUCGCUCCCUCCUGUGGACAUCCGUCGUCCAAGGCCUCACUAUGCUCUAUAUUGGACUGUACAUCCGCAUUUCUCCUCCGGUGAAAGGUGAACCCGUCAUCCCGGCGGGCUAUGUCGCACUUGUCUGCAUCUUCCUCUUUGCCGCCUGUUUCCAGUUCGGAUGGGGGCCUGUCUGCUGGAUCUAUGUGUCGGAGAUCCCAGCCGCCCGACUGCGAAGUCUCAACGUUGCCAUCGCUGCAGCAACGCAGUGGUUGUUCAAUUUCGUGGUCGCAAGAGCGGUUCCAAACAUGUUAGCCACGGUCGGGGCCAACGGUUAUGGAACUUAUAUUAUAUUCGCCUGUUUCUGUCUCUCUAUGGGAGUAUUCGUUUGGUUCUUCAUUCCCGAAACCAAAGGCCUCUCACUUGAGAAAAUGGAUGAACUCUUUGGUGUUACAACGAUGCUGAAUCACAAGGCCUCCGACAAGACCACCAACGCGGGGAGGGCUAUGCUAGAGGGGGGGAACAGAAGAAACAAAGGUGGUCAGAUGACGGAAACAAGAAAGGAGAAUGUAUAA